AUGAAACCGAGUACAAAUUAAAAACUAAUCCUGGCAACAUUACGUCACAGUGCCACAGCCCAGCCAAAAUGGACGACGAUCGUGAUGAUGAAAGUCAUGAAAACAUCAAAAAGAGUGGUGUUUGGAAGCAUUUUGAGAUCGCAAAUGACAGGGACCGAACUGCUACAUGCAAUAUUUGUUUCAAGCUGUUGUCCUAUCGGACUAGCAUCACCAAUUUGAAGAAACAUCUCGCAAGGAAGCACGGUGAUGAUGAAGAUAUGCUUUCAAAGAUCUCUGAUGAUGAAGGGGAGACCAUUGAGGAGCUGGAGACAUAUCUAGAGGACGCCGGAUCUGAAACAGAUACCAAAAAAGGGUCAGAGAUAUACAAAAAACCUUACGAAAGGUCCAAAAGUAGCGCCGUGUGGGAGCACUUCACUGUAAAAGACAAUGUCAAAAAAAUAGCUACAUGCAAGGUGUGUGACCACACGUUAUCUUACUUAAGUACGACGAGCAACCUCAAGAAACAUUGGAGCAACAAGCAUUGCGUCCAGAAAGAGAGAGUCACGCGUGUUGUUGAUGAUGAUGAAACGGAUUGUGAGAACUCAGGAACGGUAACAGAAAACGUAAAAGACGGAAGGAGACGCAAGACAAGUAUCGCAUGGAAAUACUUCACAGUUCAAGACUCUGACAGAUGCAUAGCGAAGUGUAAGCAGUGUGACAAAUCAGUUUCCUAUUUCAGUAGUGUCUCGAAUCUUAUGAAACAUAUCGACAAUAAGCACCACGGGAAAAAGAGGAAACUUAGUUCUGAGGCUCAAGGCAAGAACUCGGAAACGGAAACUCGUAAAAAAAUACGCACUGAAAAGCGCAAAAGCAUUGCAUGGAAAUAUUUCACUAUUAAAGACCAUGCAAGUAAAAUAGCCACAUGCACGCUGUGUGGGAAAUCAAUGUCUUACUCUAGUGUAUCGAACUUGAUGAAGCACGUGCAAAAUGUGCAUAGGAAACACAAUAUCAGCGAUGGUCGAAAGAAUGACAACGAUGACUCCGAGAAUAAUGCCGAGAAGCACCCGGGGGUCAAGCUGAAGGAUAUGCACGAUGGCAAGAAAAUGCUCAUAGCAAGCGACGGUCAGCUCUACGAAAUUGAAGACGAGACCAAAGUGGAGACGUUGGAAAUCGAUGAUGAUAAUAAUGAUGAUGAUGAUCAUCAGAGCGAAGAACCUAUUGAACUAAACGCGAUAUACCUAGACGACUACGAAGGCACCGUCAUAGAACCUAACCGGAAACGGAAACCGUCCACUUCGAAACGGAAACGGUUGAUAGCUGAAAACAAUGAUAGCUCAGAAGGCGAGCUCACGUACCAGAAGCAAUACAGCAAGAAAACCAGCGAUAGCUUAGACCAAUUUGGGAAAUACCUCGUGUCGUUAUUACGACAACUACCCAAAGAAUUGUCGAACCAACUCCAAGCUGAUUUCGUGAAGCAAGUGAUGACGUCACAGCUGACGUACCAAUCGCAGAACGUUGUCGUUGCGCCGAGCAACGGUUAUUCUAUAACGAUAACAGAAGCGGUACCGAAAGGAAAUAACGAUGCGUAUAUUUCUACGGAGGGAAACGAUGUUAGCCAAAGUCAAUAAAUGUAACAAGGUUUAACCAUUAACCACCUACCGGAGUCUCUCAGACUCCGCUGAAUUUGUUUCUUGUCGUCACUAGUCGCAUGCGCUAGAAGAGAUUUAGGCUUUAUAUGACUUUCAUAGAUUAUGAUGUACUCUUUAUUUUUAAAUAAAACACUAAAUAUUACAUUUUUAACUUAAUUUACCUUUUGACAACUUCAUAGUCUUAAGAAGAAAGAGGAGCCUGAGAGACUCCAAGUAAGUGGUUAAGGUUUAACAUGUUGAAAAUUUUUCAUUUAUUUUCGACUUUAUUGUAAGUGAAUAAGGUUGAAAUUAUGGUGGCUAUUAUACGCCAGUGAUAACGCCAUAAAGCGUUUGGUUUUUACAAUUUUCUGCGCAAUAAAGUGAAUAUUUUUAAUAAUAAUUAUGUUUUUGAUUUAUUUUAAAAUAAUGCUAUCAGUAAACGAAAAUCCAAGUAAUUAUAAUUGGAUUUGAUUUCAUAAAAAAAAAAAACACCGAUAGCAAUGAUAUUUAUUGGGAACUUAUACUUAGUAGUUGAAUGAUUAGUAUAAAGUCCGGUCGCCGAGCAGAUAGAAUUUCGUGCAAUGACCCCAAGCUACCCAUUCUUUUUGCUCGCGUGUAAUUAUUUGUAUUGAUGUCGCGACUGGCGGGCGGCCGCGCAGUGAGUGUGGUCACUGUACGUAAUUCUAUCUGCUCGGCGACCGGACUUUACGUUUCAAUAUUAUAAAAUUAUUUGUGAGUUUUGUGAUGGAUGAUGUUUCCAAAACUGCUAGAUGGAUUUUGAUGAAACUUCGUGAUUAAUCUAAUGGAGAUGCAAACAGUUGCCUAUGGACCUGGCUUUAGUUCAGGCUAGCCAAAAAUGACCUUAAGCUAUAAUUACUGAUGGUACCGUUAUAAUUUUAUUAG